ACCAAACCCCCGCUCGGUUUAAUCUCAACUGUCGAGUUAUCCAAAGUGGGCAACAUGAAUACGUGCGGUGCGGUGUAAAUCUGUCCUAUGAUCAGCAAGUACAUUUUCGGUGAACUUCAACCGUGGUGGGUUCUCGUGUUCUGUUCGUUUGGAAGGAGGAAUUGAGAGGCGACGGCAGAUCGGGGGACGGCAGUAGAGAGAGAGAAUGGCGGGGAAGUGGGCUUGGUUAGGAUGUCGGUUAAAUUUGGGUUUGGAUUUUGGGCUGAAUUAGAGUUUAUUGGGCUUGGGUUUAAGCCAAUAUCGCAGCCCAUAUUGGGACCGGGCCCCAAGGCUCGGCCCGUAAUCAAAUUCACUCUGCUUCCUCAGUAGUCAAAUUCUCUCCCGCCUGUUCUUCCUCUUCCGUAAUCUUCUCUGCAAAAUUAUCAGGCUCCAUUGCACUUGGUUACUCGCUCUUCUCUUCCAUCAGGCUUUCUUCUAGGGCUUUCGGGCUCUAACCCUCCACCACUAGCUCUCCCUCUAAGUUCGCAUUUGCCACCGGACGUUUUGGCUGCGUUUUUGGCUGCUCCCGGAGCUUUUUCAGCUAUGGAGACCGACCAAGGGUCGCGGCACAUGCUUCCCUUUCAGCUUCAGUUCGACAAGCCGCUGGCUUCUCAGGUGAAGAUGGCGGAGUGGAAUCCGGAGAAGGAUUUGUUGGCGAUGGUCACGGAGGACUCGAAGGUGGUGCUUCAUCGCUUCAAUUGGCAGAGGCUGUGGACAAUCUCUCCUGGUAAAUGUAUAACAUCAUUAUGCUGGCGUCCUGAUGGCAAAGUUGUUGUCUUGGGACUAGAAGAUGGUACAGUUUCACUGCAUGAUGUUGAAAAUGGAAAACUGUUAAGAAGCUUGAAGUCUCAUGCAGCAGCUGUGGUGUGUCUCAAUUGGGAGGAGGAUGCCCAAGUGAAUAGAGACACUUCUGGCAACUCUUUGGCAUUUGAAGAUCGCACUACUCGUUUCUUCCCUCCAGCUCCGAGAGUUCCUCGCAUGCCUGGACUAGUAUCUGGAGAAACUGGUUUAAUUGACGAUGGUCAAGAUUCAUUUAUAGAGCUCUCAAAUUCUUCAAAGCAAUGUUUCAAUAUCCUUUGCAGUGGAGAUAAAGAUGGGGUUUUGUGCUUCAGUAUAUUUGGUGUCUUUCCAAUCGGAAAUGUUAAUAUACAUGAAUGUGAUAUUCCUAUGACAACCAAGGACAGAGACACCGUUUGCCGACUUCUGAAUGCGUCUGUGAGGAAGGUGGCUUUAUCCAAGGAUCUUUGUCAUUUGAUGGUUGCAUGCUCAGGAGAACUUGUUGAAGACAUUGUUGAAUCAAGAGGGUGUCAAACAGUUGGAGAUAGUAUGCAUGGCUUUCAUUACUUAGUGCUUGAUACUUCAAUAUUCCAAAAGAGUAAAAAUGAACUUCAUCAAGUUGCUCAACAGGCGUCCAACAUUGACGAUUUACUUCAUGUCGUCCGGACAUCAUUAUCAGUCAUGCACAAGCAGUGGGCUGAUGCCAUGAACAUAUUUCAUGAGAAGUUUGAUUUGUUAACAAGCCUUAUUAAUGAUCAUGGUCUUGACUCUUCUCCUCAGGAGGAAUUUUUGAGUCUUCUAGGUGGUGCUAGGACCAGUCCUGCAGUCCACCAGUUUCUUGUUAAUUCUCUGGGUGAAGUGGGUAUGAAGCGUGUAUCAAAAGUUGUCUGUGGUGCUGGAAAAGAACUUCAGCUGGUUGUCCUCAAUCAUCUGCAGCCUGCUGUAGAAAUUAUUGGCUUUAGAAUUGGUGAGCUCAGGGGUCUUUCGAGAUGGCGCUCUCGUUACCUGGGUAUUGGUUUGGAUGAGACACUGGUGGACAAUGCAGUAGAAAAGGCUGGAAUGCUGCUUGUACAGGUUGAGCGAUUCAUAAGGGUGGUCUCAUCUGUUGUGCAGCAGUUUGCAAAUUUCUUCAGCUGGCUUCUGAAAUGUAUAAAGCAACUUAUGUCAGAGCCAAGUGAUCAACUUUUAACAUACAAUAGUGAACUUGUUGUCGUGUUCUUGAAGUUUCUGUAUGAUCAAGAUCCUGUUAUGCAGCUUCUGGAUUUAUCUGAGGCUGAUGAAGAAAUUGACAUUGAUUUAGAAACAAUGGAGAGAGUCAAAGAAUUAGUACAAUUUGGAGGAUUUGGGGACAGCAAAUGUUUGCGAAGGACACUUGCAAAGGAGUUUCAACUGAUGGAACACAGUUUCAAGGAAGCUGCCCAGAUGCCUUUUUCUACUAUUUCAAUAAAGAUAUGUUGUAAGAAUUUAUUGCCUCUAUUCCCUCUUACAUCAGUUUCAGCAUCCACCCGAUACAUUCCAAUUUCACUGUCCUUCUAUGAGGAUGCCUCUGAAUUUGCUUCAUCUAAUCUGACUCAGGAAGUUGGGUUUACAGAUUAUAUUUCCUUCCAAAUACCCGAUGAGUCUUUUUUAGAUUUUGCAAACUGUAUAGCUGUAGUGAGGGGAUUUAUGAAUGAUUCAAGCAAUGUGAAGCAGGGAAGACCUUUGGAAGCAAUCUUGUUGUGCAUCCCUUCUGGUUACCAUUGUGUGGAUUUGGCUCUAUAUAAGGAACUUCAAAUCGUUAUGUUGCUAAAUAAGAUAAAUGAUACUGGUGAAAACUUGGGAGAUGCCUGGAUGAUGAUCUUGCAGGCCAGUGACCUUCCAUUUGUGCAUAUUUCAGGAACCACUCAGGCAAAUAACUGGGAGUUGUACCAUCUAAAGGACUCUAUAUUACACCUAGAUAUGGAGAAUGAGAAGAUUCGCAGCAUUCCCCAUAAUGUUGUCCCUCCCUUGUCAGUUAGUGCAAGUAGAGGUGUGGCUUGUGUUUUAGCUGCAAGAAAACGGGCCCUGGUCUACAUACUGGACGAGGAUGAAGAUGAAAUCUCUGAUUCAGAAUGACUGUUCAAGAUUUUGUGGUGGUUAUGCUCGUGUUGCUCCUGUGGGUGGACCUCUACUCUCCGAAGCUGCAGACAUCGGUGUGAGAAGCAAUACAUGUUGGCUUUUGUGACUGAAGUUUUCCGGUUCCGCCCUUCUUGGAAAGUGUUAAUUUAUACCUGCCACGUGCCUUUCCUGCCUGGUGGGCAUUUGUUGAAGAUAAAACUGGAGUAAAAGGUAACUAUUUAUCUAUUUAGAGCCAUGGCUUCUAUCUGGUGGCAAUUGCCUUCAUAGUAUUGCUGCAAACUUUGAGACCCAUUCGAUAGUGCCAAGCUUAUGCUUCAUCUGUAUAUGUUUAUAACCCUCAUAUAUAAGAGAAACAAAUGCUUGGUUUGGAUUUUCUAUACUUUGGGUUGAAUGGUUCACUUGGUGUAAUCGACCAACGAACUUUGCAUUUGAAUGUCAAAAUCCCUCACCUAAA